AAAAUACCCUGGUUACCAUGGCUAGUGGAAACUAAGCCAGUUUUGUUUGAGUUGUGUCAAAAGCGGAUAAAUAUUAUUUCAAUAAUUUUGCUGGCAAAUACAAUAACGCAGAAUAUAAUUACGAAGUCGAUCAACAUUAUUUUAACCACAGCAUGGAGGUGCCUGAUGCUAUGAAGGAUCCUAAGUAUAUAGAAAAAAAACGAGAGGAAUUGCGAAUAUUUUUCCAGGAUGUCAAACUUCCAAAAGAAGUGAUUGAAAGGGCUAUUGAAAAUGAGCUAAAACCUUUAAAAACUGAUUUAAAUAGACCCUACAUAGCUGCGGCUGACCAAAGCAACGUUAGGACUGAACAAGAAGUAAUGUCUGGGCAACCCUUUACUACAAUUGAUGACCACGGUAAACCAUACACUUUUGAAGAAAUUAAGGAAAUGCUAAAAGACAAUCCGAUAAUAGCGGAGAAAGCGCGCCAAAUUCAGAUUAUGGCAGACAAUGAAACUUUCAACAAGCAAGUAGCUGUACCGUUUGAAGAAAUAAAUAUACCAGACUACAGUGAUAUGAGGAAGGAAUUGGAUGACGCUAAAGGUGACAAAGACAAGAUUAAACAUUUAAAUUACAAGAAUAUGCUGUCCUUAAUGACAUCGGUCUCUAACUAUAAGGCAAAAUGUGCGAAAAAACUCGAUGAAACAACCUCAGAGCAAAGCGAGUGCGCCGAUUCGGAUAAUGAGGACAAGGAAUACGAAGCAAUAGAAAAAGUUGUCAGUCAGUACACAACAAAGUCUUAUGAAACACGAUUCCAAGAAACCAAGGAUAUGUUAGGGAAGCUGGCCGACAGCUAUGAUGAAGGUGGAUCAUCUCAAAACUCUAACGGAAAACCAACAGCAGCAAUUGUCAGUAAUCAGGUACUGAAAGAUUCAUCUGUGCACAUCGUCAAAGGUCAAAAAAGUAAUUCAGUAAUUAAAGAAGUACAAGAGUCGUUUGCUAUAAACGAAGCUAUGAAUAUACCAUUAACUAGUAAUCCUGCUGCUCUAAAUUGUAAUCUAAAAAGCAAUACGAAAGUCGAAGCGGUAAAACAAGAAGAAGAAGAAAAUUUGGACGUACAAGAAGUAUUUCCCAAAACUUUUGCAGCAAAACUUAAAGAUACAGAAAAAGUAUUGCGUGGAAUAAACUCCGUUCUUAACAACGCAUCAUCACCAGCAAUUGUAUCGAAUGAGACAUCCAACAACAUUGAUAGUAAUUUGAAUUCACCGGAAGUGGAAAACCAAAAUGAGCCUCAAAAAUUUGACCAGGACAUGGAACAGACAAUGCAGAAUACUUUAGAAGGUAUAUUUGAGUCAAGUAAGGAAGAAAACUCAGAAAAUAACGAAAUGGAAUACAAAGAGAUGAAAAACCUAGCUCGUAACAUUGUCGAGGGAGCUGAAAACUUAAGUACUCUAAUACGCGAAGAUAUAACAAAUAAACUCAACAGCAUGAAUGAAUUACUGAAUGAUGUCAACGAAGCCCUAGAAAAUUCACGAAAAUCUAACAUUGCUUAUGAGAAAUUGAGAGAAGAGGGAGUAAUUCUCCGAGGUGAAAUAAAACCUGCUGAAAAAGUAAACGAAAUUCAGGAAGGCGAAGAACAUAAUAGUAUGUCUGAUCCACAAAUGGACAGUAUACAUGACGCUAUAAGUAAAUUGAAUUGUGAACUUAAACAUCACGAAGAAAGAAUUAACCAAAGCAAGGCUAGGUAUGAACAGAGGAAUGAUGAAUGCAAGACGUUCAUUCAAGAAGUUGAUCAAUUGUUAUCGAAAUCGCAUGAUAUUUUACGUCCAAUGAGGAAAAAAAUGGAAGAAGAAAGGAAGAAGGAAAUAGCUGAAGAAAUGAGGCUGGCAGCUGAAGCACAAGUUUCUAAUGAAGACAAGCCUACGACUGACACUAAUGAAGAAGUUGAUGUUAAUGUAAAGAAGCCACGCAAAGAGUUGUGGGAUAUUGAUUUCUCUCAACCAAAUGAGAAACAUAAAAAAAUUGCAGAGGCCCAAAAAGAAGAUCUUGAGCGAAGCAAAAAAAUUAACAAUCUCCUUUAUGACAUUAAAGAUAACAUGAAAGAUAAUAAGGAGGUGAUCAGAUUAGCUAACAAUAUGUUGAGAAGAGAAGAGAAUAGACGGAAAGGUUUUCUGGAUAACUCUGGUAAGAUUCGAGAACUGCCAUCAGAAGAGAUCGACACAAAAGCUCAAGGAGAUCACAUUGAACCGGCAGAGGUGGAGUCAUCUGGCGGGAAGGACGUUCCACCGCUCACCGACGAGAUACAUCAAGAAGUAAAAAUGGAUUUAGCGAAGAAGAAACAGUCUGAAGAAAUGAAGAAGCAAGAUGAGGCAGCAAAAGAGAGAAUAAAGCAGAGAGAGUUUCAAAGAAAGGUGGAGAAGGAAUUAGAGGAUAUGAACAAAACCCCGAGAAUGACGAAGGAAUUCAUAAAGAAUCACUGCAGGCAACAUAAACUGUAUUGCACGCCGUACUUGAACGAUAUUUUGUAUUUGCAUUUCAAGGGGUUUUCUAAAAUUGAAAACCUAGAAGAAUACACUGGCCUCAAAUGUAUAUUUCUGGAAAAUAAUGGCAUUCAAAGGAUUGAAGGACUAGACACACUGUCGGAGCUCAAAUGUCUGUACUUGCAUUACAACGUGCUGCGGAAGAUAGAGAAUUUGGACGGAUGUCCCAAGUUGGACACUUUGAACAUCGACCACAAUUUUGUUACAAAGAUUGAGAAUCUGGAUGUAGUGCCCGACUUACACACGCUCAGUAUUGCUCACAAUAUGCUGAGCGCCGUAGACGAUCUCGUUCAUUUACGACUUUGUAGAAACCUGUCCGUUUUGGACCUUUCUUACAACCGCUUAGAAGAUCCUCUGGUGGUGGAUGUGCUCGCUGACAUGGUGAUAUUGAAAGUACUGGUUCUGACCGGUAACCCUGUGGUACGCAACAUCCCGGCGUACCGCAAGACUUUGACGCUUCGGUUAAAGGAACUGCUCAACUUGGACAACCGGCCGGUGUUCCCUAGGGACCGAGCUUGUGCCGAGGCUUGGCAACGAGGUGGCGUGCAAGAAGAAAUCGCUGAAAGGCGACGCUGGAUAGCUAGAGACCAAGAGAAAGUGAUGGAGAGUGUCAGAUAUUUGAUUCGAAUGCGUGACGAAAAGAAAGCUAUAAGAGAAGCGAAGGAGAAGGAAGAGCGGGAGAAAGCAGGUGUACCAUCGCAGGAAGAAGAAAAGCCUGAUAAUAAAAUUGAAGAAAGUAAUAAAGAUCUUCUGGAAAUCGAAGCCCCUUCAGUGAAAGAGGAUCCUACUGAAGUGAAGGUCAAGGAAGGAGUAGCAGUUGACAUGCUCUCAGGUUCUGAAGAAGAUGAUUCUACAAGUGAAGAGAGUAGUGACGAAAGUGAUGAAAAGGAAGACGAAACAGGAAAUAUCGAGUGGUCUCAAGGGGAUAAAAAUAAGCGUCUGGUGCAAGAAAUCACGAGCGAGCCCCCGCCGCCCCAGCCGGAUGACUACUGGUAUGGCUAUGGGAAUAUUAAGCCAAAGAACGAAAGGCCUGAGUAUACAUCAGAUUGCCAAGCAAUCAACAACUUACUUUUUAACCAAGGCUCGCAAGUAGGAAGAAAAGGAGUGACGAAGAUUUUAGAAGAUUCAAAGUCACGUGACGCUAAAACACGCAUAACGGACAUAACUCCUGAAGAAGAAAAAGCUUCAGUAUCAGCAGAGAAGAAACCACUGAUUGAAAUUAUAGAUGUUGCGGACAGCAAAGACACGGAUGAAAAUAAGACCAAUGUGAAAGACGAUAGCAUUAUUGAAGAUGUGACUCAAACUAAUUUGCAAAUAAUAGAGAAAGACCAAACUAAGUUGGAUGAGAAAUCGGAAAAAGUAAGAGACAAAAUGAAUGUAGAAGAAACUAAAGUUACCAGUAAUUUGAUAACUGUAGAAGACAAAAAUACUUCAGUUCAGGAUAAUAAACCUGCCACGAAGAAAUCUAAAGCUACUAAGAAGAUUCCAAUUAGGGAGAUACCCAUAGAAACGAAAGAUAAUACAAAAGAAACUCCUGAGAAAGACGGAGACAACAAUGUGAAUGCAAAACAAGAAGUUCAAAAUCAAGGCAAUGGGGAUAAUGCAGCUUCAACUAGUGAGGGAGCUGUAGAGAGUAAUGUUAAAGCACAAACAGAUGGUGACGGUGUAGCUCUUAUAAACUACAUGCGUCGUUUGAAUACUGAAGAAAUUGAUGAAGAUAAUUUAGAUUUGGAGCCGAGUGCUGAAGACUUGGAGAUCUUCGCGGAAUUGGAUCGAGAGGAAGUGGAACGACAGGCAAGGAUCGACAGAGGGGAGCCUCCAUUUGAUCCGAUGAAACUGUACGAUAAAGAAAAGAUGGACGCUUUCUACAAGGAGAAGGAUAGCUUGCCGGCGCAUUUGGUGCAGGACAAGGCAAAGUUUACCACUUAUAGAAAUGACAAUGCUUUUGAUCGCAUCGCCUUGAGCCAACUCACUGCUGGAGAGAAACCUGAUGAAUCUAGAGUGAAGUUAACGCAUGUGCCGGGCGCGGUGCUGUUCCAAUAUGUGGACAAUCAGGCACCUGUUACAGAUGUACAAUAUGAGAUCGGAGAGGAGGACGUCGAGUCCGCCCCGUCAUCUGGUGAUACAGAUUCAAUCAACGUAAUAUCUGACACGAACACAAGUGAUGAGGAAGUGAAAGAAAAAGAAGAAGAAGCAAAAGUAACAAAGAAACCGGUAAACAGACCAGCCACUGCGGCCAGUGGGAAAUCAAAUCAAAAAUCUCCUGUCCAAGGAAGUACUGCUUCUAAAGAUAAGAGUAAACCCAGUGAGAAGAAUAGUGGUAGUAGCGUGGAAAAAAAGGUUGUUGGAAAGAAAUAUGAUGGUAAUAGUAGAGGACAGAAAGCUGAUAGGAAAUCGUUUGGCAGUCGUCGUACUGGCCAUGAUAACGAUGAUUCAGCUGCUCCUGGAGUUGCCAGUGAACGUGAACCAGUUGCGGGUGCUGCUGGGGAUACAAAUGUUGCCAUGGAGUAUCCCAGUACAAGCAAUAUUCUACCCUCCUCGUACGAUACCAUGCUGAAUUUGGACCGCACGGAAGCAAAGAGAUCCAUUAUUAAGCAGAUCAAUUCUUAUGAAGAUCAGCGAUUCCCGUCCCAAGGAGUUAAUCGAUCGGACAUGGAAGAGAACGCUCGCAUAGAUCAGAACGUAGCGUCAGAGAUACUGGAUCGCACGCUGCAGUACGAGGAGCGCGAGAUAUACCGCCAGUAUGACGUGUUGACCAGCCACGCGGGGAACAUCGACAACAAGACCAACGCCAUCAUUGAACGCAUGUCCGGAGAGCUCGAGAACGAAUACACGUUGCCAGAAGUAUCCCACAUUCUGGAAGUGCACAUGGAUGCAGCCGCACAGCGGUGGAGAGCAGGCGACUUCGUGCAGUUCAUACCAGGCAGCCCUUCUGGCUCUCACCACGACGUCAAUGACGACCACGACGCGACUCUUAUUGCAAGUAAUAACGAUUCCUUGUGUUUGGAAGACACACUGACGGACGAGAAUGUUAGUAGGAUGUCAGCUAUUGUCGGAGAUGAUUCAGGAAUCGGCAAUGAUAUUACUAUGAGUGAUACUACGGAAGGUCACGAUAAGAGUGUUGAUGGAAAUGAUAAAACUCAGAAUGAUAAUGUUGGGGACGACUCGGUUAGUAUUGAAGAAAAGGUUCGUCAAAUGGGAGAAGGAAAAGAGAAUUUGGAAUGUGAAAAUCGAGCUAUAGCUUCAGGCUCUGGAGAUGCUGGUUACUCUGGCUAUGAAGCUAUUGACGCUGAUGAAAAAGAUCCCGUAGAAGAUUUGAACGAUUCGAAAGUAUUUGAGUCAAUUCUUGGUGACGAAAACUUUAUGAAUGAUGUAUCUACUGAUGAUAUAUUUGAAGAUUGUGUGGAUGAUAUAGAGGCUGGCACGGACAAGGAAGAUGGCGGACAAUUUGAUAGAGUGGAACAGAACUACUCUUUAGAAAUGAAGUUAGCUUUAGGCAUUGAGGAUGGGAAGUCGUAGAGAUGUCUUGACUAAAGUGUUUUACUUGUUUGAUUCGUGUGUAGUUAGGUGGGCACUUAGCACUAGGGUAGUUUGUGCAUGGUUUACAAAUUGUAAUUGUUGUUGAAUUAUUUUAUUUAUAGCUUCUUUGAGCAGUGUUACAAGAAUGUGGUUUAAGAUCACGAUAUUUGAACCUCUACAGACUGUAAGGUGGUUUUAUUUUUUUGUGUCAAUGAUUAUGUUUUGUUUUUGUUGUAUUUAUUUAGUUAUGUAGUUUCUUGGCGUUGUGGUUGAAGAUACAAUCAAUGGGGGCUACCGUAUUUUGGUCACUAGGUGGUGCUAAUCUAGCAAGAAAUCGUUUUGUCCAAUGAGAGCAGUUGUCAAUUAUUAAACGUC